AUGGAAAGAGACAGCAUUCGCUAUGUACAAAAGUGUCAUCAAUGUCAAGUUCACGGAGAUUUCAUUCGAGUUCCCCCAAAUGAGCUCAAUGUAAUGGGUUCCCCUUGGUCGUUCGCCGCUUGGGGCAUGGAUGUGAUUGGACCUAUCGAACCCCCUGCAUCAAAUGGGCAUCGCUUCAUCUUAGUGGCCAUCGAUUAUUUCACUAAAUGGGUCGAAGCUUCAACGUACAAGGCAGUAACAAAGAAGGUGGUAGCAAAUUUUGUUCGCAACAAUAUAGUUUGCCGAUUUGGGAUUCCAGAGUCAAUUAUCACAGAUAAUGCAGCCAAUCUCAACAGCGAUCUUAUGAGAGAGACUUGUGAAAAGUUCAAGAUUGCCCACCGAAAUUCCACGACAUCGACCACGGAUGAAUGGAGAAGUCGAGCGGCAAAUAAGAACAUCAAGAAGAUCUGA